AUGGCUAACGAUCAACACGAUUCAUCGACAGACAUGAAACAGGCUGAACAAAUGCGCGAAUCAGUUUCAUCCGAUUCAGAAUUACGAAAACGAUAUACAAAGGUGAAACGUGAGCCAGGACAUCGUAUAUUUGUCAAUCGAAGUUUACAAUUAGAUCGAAUAAAAUUUUAUGGCUUCGAUAUGGAUUAUACAUUAGCAUUGUACAAAUCACCUGAAUUUGAAGAAUUAACAUUUCAACAAGUACUUGAAUCAUUAAUUGAACUUGGUUAUCCGGAACAAAUUUGUGAAUUCGUUUAUGAUCGAACAUUUCCGUUGAGAGGUCUUUGGUAUGAUAAGUUGUAUGGAAAUUUGCUUAAAGUCGAUGCCUAUGGGAAUAUUCUAACGGUUGUACAUGGUUUUAAAUUUCUCUCUGGUCAUGAAGUUCGUCAAACAUAUCCAAAUAAAUAUGUGACUGUUGACGAUCGUAUUUAUGUCUUCUAUACUCUUUUUAAUCUUCCAGAAAUUUAUCUUAUUGCGUGUUUGAUUGAUUACUUUUCAACAGUUGCUACUUACACUGAAGAUCGUACAGCUGUUAUCUAUGGAAAAAAUAUUCUUUCAUUUCGUGCCAUAUUUAAUGAUGUUCGUAAUUCAAUAGAUCGUGUUCAUCAUACAGGCAAACUCAAAGAAAUCGUUUGUGAAAAUAUUGAACAAUACAUUCAUCGAGAUGAACAGUUACCUGUAUUAUUAGAUCGCAUUCGUUCUCAUAAUGCGAAAACAUUCUUAUUAACAAAUAGUGAAUAUUGGUAUACAGAUAAGUUAAUGACUUAUUUACUAACAGAUAAAAUGGAUGAUUCAAAAGUAGUCAAACGUGAUUGGAAAUCAUAUUUUAAUUUUAUAAUUGUCGAUGCACAAAAACCAUUGUUCUUUGCUGAAGGUACAACAUUAAGAAAUAUAGAUCCAAAAACUGGUAGUAUGAAAUUGGGUUCAUAUUCUGGAAAAUUACAAGAAAAUGAAGUUUACAGUGGAGGUUCAUGUGAAAUGGUUUCGAAAUUAAUUGGUUCCAUGGGCAAAGAUGUUUUAUAUGUUGGUGAUCAUAUAUUUGGUGACAUUAUUAAAUCGAAAAAACAAAAAGCAUGGCGAACAAUGCUUGUUGUACCAGAAUUAAAUCAUGAAUUGAAAGUUUUUCAUGAGAGAAGAGAAUUAUUCAAUACAUUAGAAUCACUGGAUACGACAAUUAGUGAAUUACUUCGAUCUUUUGAUAUGACAUCUGAUCGUAGACCUGAUGCUGUUACUAAGAUAAAACAAAAAAUACAAGAAUGUACUCAUGAACUUGACAUGAAUUUUGGUCUCUUAGGUUCUUUAUUUCGAACAGGUUCUCGGCAAACGCAUUUUGCUUCACAAGUAACGAGAUUUGCUGAUAUUUAUGCUUCGACAGUUGUAAAUCUUGUUUAUUAUCCAUUUUUCUAUUUCUUUCGUGCUGUUCCACAGCUGAUGCCUCACGAAUCAACUGUUGAUCCCGAAGAACCGCUGCACUUUAAAUCAUGGGGUGAUGAAAAAUCUCAAAUGGAUAGUUUAGAUCGUCGUCGUUCAACAUUCGGGCAAAUUUCGACUAUGACGCCACAGUUCAGUCAUUCAUUAUCAAUUCAAACACAUCCGGAUUUACCUCUGCGAGUUACUCAUGAUCAUGAUGAUGAUGGCGAUCCAGAUGAUGAUAUAUCAUUAAUUGAAUCGAAUGGAGUCCUGGAUUAUCGAUCACGAAUAACAUAUACGCCACCAAAACGUAAAAUGGAGGAAACAUUAAAUGGAGAUGAAGACGAACAUUCACAUGAUUAA